AGCGUCGUGUGCGAUGUCUCUGCAAUUGUCUAUGAGUAAAAUCCUGCUCAUCUACCUCAACCUACGCCGCUCAGUCUGCAAUCGACAGAACAAACUUCAGAUGACGAACCCCACGAGCAAGAGCGCACGUCUUACCACAACGCUUGACGAACUGGCGCAGCUCGAAAUUCAGACGCCAAACACCCCAGCAACCAGCAGAGCCACCAUGAACGAAGACUUCCUUGCGCAGCUCGAUCGCAUGCGCCACCUGUCGCUGCUAGAAAAUAGAAACCGAGCGCUUCCAUUGACUGCGCAGCAAAUCCAGCAGCUGUCACCGUUCAUGACAUCAGUUCCGGUCCAUCGACCGCAAGGAGCUGAAGGAAGCUGGGGAGGAGAUCAACCAGAAUUUCGGUCUGCAGAGGCUGCCUGUAAUUCCACGUGUCAAGAGCUCACCACGACAUGCGCAAAGAAAGUCAUGU